GUGUCGCGGUGGGCGGGCUCCAGUGCGGUGCUGAUGCUGUCUCUUCUAUUCCACGGUUGCAGGUGGAACGGCUGGGCUGGGUCAUUUCGCAUCUGCUAGCUGGAGGAGAAAAAACAGCAUUCUGAUCUGCUUCAUGCACUGGAUAACAAAAUAAGCGGCACGUCCAGGAAUAUUACACCGUUGAAGUCUGGAGAGUUAUCGGGAAGGAUUUCAGAAAGACACAAAUCCAUGACUGUGGGGACAAUGAGGGGACCCAGGCCAGCCUAAGCUGUGGUGGACCAACCAGAGGCUUCAGGAGAGGAAGGGGUUAAUGCCAUUGGAGUCAUGAACACACCCUGCUGUCCAUGUAACACCAGACAGCUCUGACACACUCCUCCUCAGUGCUCUCUCUACCUCCCCUUUUCCCCCCUUUCCCAAAAACAACAUCUCUGAACACGUACAGACUGACAGUAUCUCUUGCCACAAAAUUGACUUAGUUUUCCUAAAAAGCUAUAUCUGGAUUCCAAGGACUGGGAUUUCUAUUUGGAGUAAGGAGUUUAGUUGAGGGACGGCACGUUGUGUGUAAAAUUAUCGGAAUUCCCCCUGCCAGUCCACCGUCCUCGUUUUUCCCUGUGAGUCCCAGAGGCACCAACCAAUGGAGAGACGCAGAAGAGAGACCGGAUAAAACAGCAGAGAAAUAGAGCAAAUCCAGAGAGAACUGCUGAAUCGGCAGGGUAGGAAUCUGGAAUUGGGUCCUGUGAGGGUUUUGCUUCUCCCACACUUUCCCCAGCCUAGAGAACUCUCCUUAGCGAGUACCAGACGUAACAACCAUUAUUUACACUUAAAAAACAAACAAAAACGACAACGACAGCUGCAACUACGCUAGGCCGAGCUACGUCCCUGUGUGGAGGAUUUGAACCAAUAGGAAGACGAUAGGGAUUUAGGAUUGGGAUCACAACCAUGACGAGGGGGUUGAGGUUUCCCGCGUGGCCCCUGGCGUUCCUCAGUCUGCUGGUGACGACCCGGGCGCUGGAGUUCGGCGGGGCCCCCGGCCAGUGGGCCCGCUACGGGCGUUGGGAGGCAGGCUCGGUGGGCGAGCUGAGCUUCAGUCUGAAGACCAAUAUCAGCAAGGCCCUGGUGCUCUACCUGGAUGACGGCGGCAACUGCGACUUCAUGGAGCUGCUGAUCGCCGGCGGGCGCCUCCAGCUGCGCUUCGCCAUCCACUGCGCUGAACCCGCCACCUUACACAUGGAAACCCGGGUCAACGAUGACCGCUGGCACAUGGUGCUCCUCACACGCAACUUCCGCGAGACCCUGCUCAUGGUGGACGGCGAGACCAAGGUGGCGGAGGUCAAGUCCAAGCGGAAGGAGAUGGCGGUGGUCAGUGACCUGUUUGUGGGCGGCAUCCCGCCCGACGUGCGCCUCUCAGCCCUUACGUCCAGCACGGUGAAGUACGAGCCCCCAUUCCUGGGCCUGAUCUCCAACCUGAAGGUGGGUGAGAUGCCCCCUACCCUGCUCAACAGCCAGGGCAUCCAGAGUGACCUGGAGUAUCUGUGCACCAAGCAGAACCCCUGCUUCAACGGAGGCUUCUGCUCCAUCCAGUAUGGCGAGGUGCACUGUGACUGCACACACACCCGCUACAAGGGAAAGUACUGCAAGGAAGAAGAGUAUGCUGUCGAAGGUCUGGCGCACCUGACGUUAAACAACCAAGGUGACUCAUCGCAGGGCGGGAAGGAAGAGUCGGUGGCCACCUUCAAGGGGAACGAGUUCUUCUGCUACGACCUGUCGCUGACGCCCAUCCAGAGCAGCACGGACGAGAUCACGCUCUCCUUCCGCACGCUGCAGCGCAACGGACUCAUGCUGCACACGGGCAAGUCGGCCGACUACGUCAACCUGUCGCUGAAGAGCGGCGCCGUGUGGCUGGUCAUCAACUUGGGCUCGGGCGCUUUCGAGGCACUGGUGGAGCCCGUCAACGGGAAGUUCAACGACAACACCUGGCACGAUGUGCGCGUCACCCGCAACCUGCGUCAGCACGCAGGCAUUGGACACGCUAUGGUGACUAUAUCAGUGGAUGGUAUUCUGACCACUACUGGUUAUACCCAGGAGGACUAUACCAUGUUGGGCUCAGAUGACUUCUUCUACAUUGGGGGGAGUCCCAAUACUGCAGACCUGCCCGGAUCACCCGUCAGCAACAACUUCAUGGGCUGCCUUAAAGAUGUGGUGUACAAGAAUAACGACUUCAAGCUAGAACUCUCCCGGCUGGCCAUCGAGCGGGACCCGAAGAUCAGCCUGAACGGAGACCUCGUCUUCCGCUGUGAGGACGUGGCCGCCCUGGACCCCGUCACCUUUGAGUCCCCCGAGUCCUUCAUCGCCCUGCCCAAGUGGAACACCAAGAAAACAGGCUCCAUCUCCUUCGACUUCCGCACCACAGAACCCAGCGGCCUGCUGCUGUUCAGCCACGGGCGCCCCCAGGGUCCUAAAGAGCAGAAGCCGGGUCGAGACAUGAAGUCAGACUAUUUUGCUAUGGAGCUGCUGGACGGGUUCCUAUACCUACUCAUGGACAUGGGGUCGGGGAGUAUCAAGCUGAAGACCAGUAAUAAGAAGGUGAACGACGGGGAGUGGUGCCAUGUGGACUUCCAGAGGGAAGGGAGGAAAGGCUCCAUCUCGGUGAACAGCCGCAGCAUCCCCUUCAACUCCAACGAGGGCAGUGAGAUCCUAGACCUGGACAGCGACAUGUUCCUGGGGGGUCUCCCCGAGACCCGCUCUGACCUGGUGCUGCCCCCUGAGGUCUGGACCGCCUUGCUCAACUACGGCUACGUGGGCUGCGUCCGCGACCUCUUCAUCGACGGCAAGAGCCGCGACGUGCGCCGCCUGGCCGAGAUCCAGAGCUCCCCGGGCGUCAGCAGCUUCUGCACCCGCGAGCUUCAGAAGAGGUGCAGCAGCACCCCCUGUGGGAACGGAGGCCUGUGUAAAGAGGGAUGGAACCGCUACAUCUGCGACUGCACCGGCACCGGCUACCUGGGCAGCAACUGUGAACUCGAGGCAACGGUGCUGAGCUACGACGGCAGCAUGUACCUGAAGAUCAUCAUCCCGGGGACCAUGCACACCGAGGCAGAGGACGUGGCGCUGCGGUUCAUGUCCCAACGGGCAUUCGGUCUCCUCGUGGCCACCACCUCCAAAGAGUCCGCUGACACCCUGCGGCUAGAGUUGGACGGUGGCAGGGUCAAGCUGACUGUCAACCUAGAUUGUAUCAGGAUAGACUGUAACCUCAGUAAAGGACCUGAAACGCUCUUCGCUGGCCAGAAGCUCAACGACAACGAGUGGCACAUGGUGAAAGUGGUGCGCCGAGGAAAGAUCUUCCAGCUAUCUGUGGACAACGUCACGGUGGAAGGCCAGAUGACGGGUGCCCACACGCGGCUGGAGUUCCACAACAUUGAGACUGGCAUCAUGACCGAGCGUCGCUUCAUCUCCGUGGUGCCCUCCAACUUCAUUGGUCACCUCCAGGGCCUGACAGUCAACGGCGUGCCCUACCUGGAUCAGUGCAAGAACGGUGACAUCUCCUACUGCGAACUCAACGCCCGCUUUGGCAUGCGCCACAUCAUCGCCGAUCCGGUGACGUUUCGAACGAAGGCAAGCUACCUAGCGUUGGCUACUUUGCAGGCCUACGCCUCCAUGCACCUCUUCUUUCAGUUCAAGACCACCACGUCGGACGGCCUGCUGCUCUUCAACUCGGGGGAUGGCAGCGACUUCAUCGUUGUGGAGCUGGUCAAAGGCUACGUCCAUUAUGUCUUUGACCUCGGCAACGGCCCGUCGCUGAUGAAGGGUAACUCGGACAAGCCGCUCAACGACAACCAGUGGCACAACGUGGUGGUCUCCCGGGACGCCAACAACGUGCACACGCUCAAGAUCGACUCCCGCACCGUCACCCAGCACUCCAAUGGAGCCCGCAACCUGGACCUCAAAGGGGAGCUGUACAUCGGUGGUGUGGGGAAGAGCAUGUACAACAGUCUGCCCAAGCUGAUCGCGUCCCGGGACGGGUACCAGGGCUGCCUGGCCUCGGUGGACCUCAACGGGAGACUGCCAGACCUGAUCGCAGACGCCCUCCACAGGGUGGGCCAGGUGGAGCGAGGCUGCGAUGGACCUAGCACCACCUGUACGGAGGACUCCUGCUACAAUCAGGGCGUGUGUCUCCAGCAGUGGGAGGGCUUCUCCUGCGACUGCACCAUGACGUCCUAUGGAGGCUCCUUCUGUAGCGACCCUGGGACAACCUACAUCUUCGGGAGAGGAGGAGCCCUCAUCACAUACACCUGGCCCCCCAACGACCGGCCGAGCACACGGGCAGACCGGCUGGCGGUGGGAUUCAGCACGCAGCUGAAGGAGGCCGUGCUGGUCAGGGUGGAAAGCGCAGAGGGACUGGGAGACUACCUGGAGCUGCACAUAGAACGAGGAAGGAUCGGCGUCAUCUUCAACGUGGGAACGGACGACAUCGCCAUCGAGGAGAGUGCAGUGGCGGUGAGCGACGGCAAAUACCACGUGGUGCGCUUCACGCGCAGCGGCGGCAACGCUACCCUGCAGGUGGACAGCCAGCCCGUUAUCGAACGCUUCCCCACAGGGAACUUUGAUAAUGAACGCCUGGCUAUUGCCAGACAAAGAAUCCCAUACCGACUUGGUCGGGUAGUUGACGAGUGGCUACUCGACAAAGGUCGACAGUUGACCAUCUUCAACAGCCAGGCGUUCAUCAAGAUCGGUGGUGGCGGCGGCGACAAGGCCCGUCACUUCCAGGGCCAGAUCUCGGGCCUCUACUACAACGGGCUGCAGGUGCUCAAGCUGGCGGCCGAGGGCGACCCCAACGUGCAGGCCAAGGGCAACCUGCGGCUGGUGGGCGACGUUCCCUCGGUGCUCACCACGGACACCACCAGCACCACGCCGCUGGCCGACAUGUCCACCACCAUCAUGGAGACAACCACGACCAUGGCUACCACCACCACCCGCAAGCAGCGUUCACCCACCAUGAGGGACAGUGUCACACAGAACACGGAUGAUCUGUUGGUAGCAUCUGCUGAGUGUCCCAGCGAUGACGAGGACUUGGAGGAGUGCGAGCCGGGAAAUGGAGGUGAAUUAGUGUUGCCCAUAAUAACGGUGGACUCCCUAGACCCCCCAUCCAUCGUCACCCGCUACCCUGUAAUCCCCCCGCCCCCCACCUACCGGCCCCUCCUACCCUUCCUCGAAACGACCAAAGAGUCCCUCCCCCUGCCCAACGGUCGCCCCCCCUGCCCACUGGACCAGGAGGACUGCGAAGAGGCGGGACCCAUCGAGGUGUCCGCCUACGGCUCGGGUGAGAUGACCGAGUCGGACGACGAGGACUAUUACAAAAACUCCCCCCUCGUCACCGACAGGACGGUCCUCCCCCCUCCCCCCAACGAGAGUGGCAUCCAUAACCCCCACGACCGUCACUUCUCCCACCGGCCCCCCAACUCCCACCGCCCCCCUCUGUCCUCCACCCCCACAGCCAACCCCAACCAGCUAGGCCCCAGGCUCAACAAGCCCGGCGGCAGCAGCAGCAAAAACCCCGCUGGCAAGAUGAACACCCGGGACCAGGUGCUGCUGCCGCCCUCCAACCCCUCCUCAGACCCUGACCGCCACCGCCAUGUCCCAGGUGUAACCUACCCUCCCAAUUUCCCCCAUGUGCCCACCCCAGACCCCACCUCCCCAGAGAGAGGAGGGCCUCCCGGCGCAGUGGAGGUAAUCAGGGAGUCCAGCAGCACCACGGGCAUGGUGGUAGGCAUCGUGGCGGCCGCUGCCCUCUGCAUCCUCAUCCUGCUCUACGCCAUGUAUAAGUACCGUAACCGGGACGAGGGCUCCUACCAGGUAGACCAGAGCCGAAACUACAUCAGUAACUCGGCCACGCAGAGCAACGGCACCCUGGUGAAGGAGAAACAGCCGGGCACAGCCAAGACAACCACCAAGAACAAGAAGAACAAAGACAAGGAGUACUACGUCUGAGACCGGCCUAGCCAGAGACAGAGGACGAAAGGAGACACACAGAGAGAGAGGAAGGGAGGGGGAGAGAGGAGAGGGGAGAGAUGGAGGUAGAGGAAGGAGAAAGGUAAGGCAGUAUAUGAAGUGACAACUGUAAAGUAAUUAGCAAAAUCUUUGUGGGCAGAGUUUCAAUUAUUUUAGUAUAUAGGUUACAUUGCCGCCAAAAUGACCUCCUCGCUUUCCUCCUCAACCCAUUUAGAGCCUAAAGCAAAGGGAGAAAGGAUGGGAUUGGCACAGAAACGUUUUAAACGUCUUAAUCAGAUCGACACAUAGUCCUAUUUUUUACACAACUAUUCAAAAUAUUCUUGGUAUUUUUCUUCAAUACAGUAAUAUUCUUUCUCACUUAGCCUCAUAACAUUUUCUUUGAGAACACAAACAGACAAAGUCUUGACUACAAUGGCCGCCAAACCUCGCUCAAUAUAAUAUAAUUUUGUGCCAACAGCCAUACCCAGAGCUCAUGCUACAACGAAGCUAGGUAAUCCAGCACCAUUUAAAGGGUAUUGUAUUGUAUAUAGCCUACAAUCAGAGUUAAGCAUGGUGAUUGACUAUAGAGAGACACAGGGAAGGAAGAACCACCAUCAGUGUUUGAGGUUAAGUGUCUGGUUUAAUUAGCUAAAAAGCUAACAUAUUAAAUCAUAAAUGUAUUGAUUCUAUCUACUAGAUGGGUUUGUAUUGGAAGUUCAAACCCCACUGCUAGCCAAGUACAGUAAUACCAAAAUACUGCCAAACAUACAGAAACUAGGUGUCAAAUCUGCCUCCUUCCCUCAUCUAAGUAUUCAAACAUCACCUCACUUGUCUCUCGUGAAGUCUCUCCCUCUUUCUCUUCCUCCUUCUCUCACUCGUGAGCAUCUUUUUCUGUCCCUGUCUAUGGUCCUGAGGAGCUGAUGCAACAUUAUUCUGCUAUGUUUCAAGCAUGUAGUAGUCAUUUCCGAAGAAACUUUCUGUGGAGAAAACACAAAAAAAUGACGAUGAUAACUAGCAAACCCCGUGUGAGGACAACACCUUGAAGCAACCAGCGGAUGCUACGUAUUACGUUUUAGCCGCCAAAACAACUACUGAGGCCAAAACCCUGGGUCGUCUUUCAGUUCUCCAGCAGAUAUCCGUAAUGUGUUUUUCUUGGGGGCUCCACACAGCAUUUCCCCCUACUGAGCCCACUACCGCAGAGGAUGUGGCUCACGUCGUUACAGUCCUAUCACACACAAACCAGAAACCAACCUCCAGCAGACAACCUGACUUUGUUCUAUAUAAAUAUAUAUAUGUAUAGACGUUCAGAGAAAAAAAACCGCUAUGGACCUAACUGAGAGUGUGUCAUAAGAGGAGAAAUGCACCCUAAUGCGCGUGCAUCAGUGGACUCGGUGAUAGAUAACGAAGAUGAUGGACAAUUGAUACUUGACGUGAGACCGAUAUCCCCCACCAAUCCCCUUAAUCAUGCACACUAUGACCAACAUUCAACGACAGUGGGAAACGCAGUCCCACUAAGGUGGAGAUUAAAAGGAAGAGUGGGACGGUGUUUUUUUGUUUGCUGUUUUUGUUUUUUAGUUUCUUUCCCUGAAAAAUGAGAGACAUUUGAUGGAAAUUGUGAAUUCAUUUGCUGGAGUCCCACUGUCGCCCCUUAGUGUUGGGGGGAAAGCGUACGCUACCUUGGAUCUGCGUUCUUGCCUCUCAUUGGUCAAGACUGAUGACAGCCAAUGAGGGCAAGCCCAGUGAAAAACGUUAAAUGGAAAAAAACACAGAACAAGGCGAACAGCAAGUUCACUUGCUGAUGUACAACAAGAACUCUAGUAUUCCAAUUUUCUCAACUCUAUUAAAAAAAGAAAACUGUACCAUGAAAAGAAAAGAAAAACCUUUAAAAAAAGUUUGUGAAAUGUCUAAAUAUUUGAAUCUCUCAUCCCAUUACUAAGAAAAUGUGUUUUCCCUAUUACCAUUCCUGUUCGGAGAAAAAAAUACGACAAAGAUAAUCAAUUCUGGGAAAUUUAAAAUGUAUAUGUUAUUUUUUGGUAAUUAAGCAAAUGUGAUUUGGGUUACAAACAUUAAACCUCUCCUCCAUCCCUCCUACUGCCAUCUCAAUCCAUUCUUGUCCCACGUUCAUCCCUUCAUCUCUCCAUACCUCAUCCCCUUUUCUCACAAUGGCAGAUUGUAGGUAACCAUUUAACUGAAGACCGCACAUGGUCUCAUCCAUCCUCUCUUUUCUAUUUUCUAUUGUUUUAUAUCUCUCUGUAACUGCUAGAGUCAAAAUGGCCGCCAUGUCUGGAGAAUGGCUCCAUCCCACCCAUCCUUUUUCCUCAUUCGGUUUGUCCGGUUUCUCUUUCAAUCCAUUGCAAAAAGAACCAUCCUCCUCCCAGUAUCUUCCUGUUCUUUCUAAAUGUUAUUGUAAAGUGUUCCAGUGAGAUUACUCUAAAUAUGUGUACAUUAACAGAGGGGAAUACACUUGGUUAUAUACUUCUUCUA